AGACAAUGCUAGAAGAAUUAGACGAUGAGAACUCUGAAGAGGAAGAUGGUUAUGUCAAGGUGUCGAACGGAUUUAAACUACCAGAGAAAAUCUACAGCAAACUUUAUCCGUACCAAAAAGAAGGGAUAAUGUGGUUCUGGAGAUUAUACGAAGGGCGGAAAGGAGGAAUAUUAGGGGAUGACAUGGGAUUAGGCAAGACAAUACAGGUUAUUUCGUUCCUCGCGGGAAUGUUUGGGAGUGGGCAUGUGAAGAAUGCUCUGAUCAUUAUGCCUGUUUCCCUGCUCACCAAUUGGGAAAAGGAAUUUAAAAAAUGGUAUGAGUUACAGAGUUCAUUAUAAUUCUGCAAACUUGGUCUGACAUUGUUUCAGACCAACCCAUGUUUUGGUCGGACAUGAUCGGACACUUAAUUAUUCUCAAGAGGGACGUUGUCACAGUCAGGCCUCGAAUUUCCCUGAAAUCAAUUGACGGCAAUGACGUUAAAAGUUGCUGUAGAAUGUAACAGCUGUCUACGGCAAUUUUGACAGUUUCCACGGCAUUUUUCAAAUUACUGUAAUAAAACUUUAUUUUUAUUGUUACUUUGGAUUUAUGACAAGCUAGAAACAUGUCUACGUAUUUCUUUAGUUGUUUUUUUUUUUCGAAGAAAACUGAGACUAAAAUAAUGAUUUACGCAUGAUUUGAUCAACAUCUGAAUUCAAGUAUCAAAAUAAUAAUGCACAGUGAAUAGUAUAACAAUUGCACUAUACGGCAAAAAAUUGCCGUCGUUGUCGCAAUGAUCCACGGCAUUUUGUUCUCCCUCUACAGCAAUUGCCGCGAUAAAAUUCGAGCCCUGGUAUAUAUAAUAUAAAAUAUUUCACUUAAUACACGAGAUGACAUUGUUAUUGAAAUGUGUGGAUCGGGAAGUCAGAUUCUGUGAUUGUCUAGCGGACGGAAUCUUUGUUUGCAUGUGUUAAAGAUUAAUUACAGAUUUUGUUAAAAAGGUUUCCAACAAUAAAGGAUGAGAAAUAUUCAAAUUGAUGAGACAAAACGGUUGGCCAUAAUGUCCGUGCAGAGUAAUCAGUAGACGGCCAUAUCAGCAUAUUGCUCGGCUAAUGGCCGGUGGCCAACCGUUGUCAUGAUCCCUGAUGAGUUAGGUUAUAUCUUGUGUUGGGUAAUUCUUGCCAGGUUAUUCCUUGCCAGGAUGUUUGGAACACUGCUGAUCAUACACUUUACUACUAUUUUUAUGAAUCCUUUAAAUUAAUGAUUAACUCAUUAAGUUGCACUGUGCCCUACUUUAUUAUUUUACUCUGUCUAAUGCCAAAUUAUUGUACUCCAUCUAAUGACAGACAAUUUUACUCAUCAAGGGGAGGAGCUGACACUCGAUGAUUUGAUGAAUAAUUAUAAUAUGAUAUAUUCAUUGAUGACAUAUUCAUUUUUUUGACCACUGUAGGGCUCCAGAAAUCCGAGUCCGUAACUUCCAUGGUUCGAAUAUGAAACAACGGAUAGAUAACUUGGCGAAGGUUCAGUCCAGGAAUGGAGUGUGUUUAACCACUUACGGUCUUGCAAAUACCUGUCAUAAACAGUUUAGUGAGGAUAGAUAUGGCGACACGUUCACGUGGGUAAGCUAGACAACAGACAACUUGCAUGUUGGACUAAUUUUUGAUCUAGGCAAAAAUUACAAAUGUUGCAAAAUUGCAAACUUUGGUUACGAAAUGUUGUAAAAUACGGAAAAUAUAGCAUUGGGAAGUUUACAUAUUUUGUAUAUGUUUGUAUAGACCCUUUGCACUGACGUCACAAAUCCUUAGAGUGUCCUCCAGAUGCUCCCUAACAAUAUCUGUUCGGGUACAACAACCACAUACAGCGCAAAACUGAACUAGCCAUUUUGAUACAAAAUUAUUAUAAAGUUUUACAAAAUUUUCUUUGUUUACAAAAGUUAUAUUAUGCAUAGAUUGCUAAUUUGUCCUCCAGAUGCAUCGUCACCGGCGCUGUGACGUCAUGUGCAAUGGGUCUAUUGUGUGCGGAAAAUUUGAGCCGAAAUUUUGAGCCGAAAAUGGUAACAAUUUUUUUCGCACGUACUGUAAUGCAAAUUACAUUUAUUAUACAAAAUUUGCAAACUUUGCAAGACUAUACUUUCCAAACUUUACAACAUUUCGCAACCAAAUUUUGCAAUCUCACUAAUUUCAUUAUGUUCUUUUUAGCCGUGGUGUUUCAUUCCUUUGAUUCCCUUGAUCUUUUAACUAAUACAGUAGAUUAAAAUUUAGUCUAACAUGCGAGUUGUCCAUUCAUCCUAGCUCUCAGCUGCAAGUAAGGAUAAUUAGCACACCCCAACUCACACACUUACUGACUUAUUCUCUAGGAUUACAUCAUACUUGAUGAAGGACACAAGAUCAAGAACACUGCUAACAAGACGACCAUCGCAAUUCGAGCCAUCCCAGCCAACAACCAUUUUAUUUUAACUGGAACACCGAUACAAAAUAAUUUGAGGGUAGGAUUGAUUGUUUCUUCAUUACUUCUUAGAGUUGCCGUUGGUUUCGAUCAUAACGGAGGCAGUUUUCGGCUUUCGGAAAUUUUGCCUUAUUCCGAUGGCUGCAUUUCUGAAGCUGACCACUGGAUGAUGUCCAGUAAUGCUUACUGAAACCCGCGCCAAUAUAAAAGUAUUAGAGGAGAAUUUUAAAAGAUACAUAUUUCAAAAUCUUUGUUCAUCUCUUGCAGGAAAUGUGGGCUCUCUUUGAUUUUGUCUGUGAAGGACAACUUCUUGGGACGUCAAGAUCGUUUAAACAGGAGUAUGAAAAUCCCAUUGUUCGAG